AUUUCGUAAUCCGCAAUAAAAUGAACGUAAAAACAUGUGACUGUAAACCAUGUGUCAAAUGAGUGUCUCAUUUAGCAGUUAAUCUCAAAUCAAUUGUGAACUCAAACUAAAUACUCGUAUUGAAUAGACUGAGGACUAAAAGGACACCAAUUGAUCGCCAAAUGAAAUAAACUGUAAAACUAUUUAAAGAAAUGCCUAAAGAGUGAAAGUGGUGGUAAAUAGGACCCCCAAUAGGACCCCCAAUAGGACCAAGGUGGUGUUGACCCAUUAUCAUAGUGGUGGCAAUGUUCCGGGUGGAGGAGUUCGUGAUGGGAGGGGUGAGCGCGUGCUGUGCGGGAGUGCUGACGAACCCCCUGGAAGUGGUCAAGACUCGCAUCCAAUUACAGGGGGAGUUGCGGUCUCGGGGACAGUAUGUGGUCCACUACCGCAAUGUCUUUCACGCCUUCUAUGCCAUCGCCUCCAACGAGUCGGUACUCGCCCUGCAGAAGGGGUUAGUACCGGCCCUCUGGUAUCAGUUCAUUAUGAAUGGCAUUCGCUUCGGCGCCUACCAGUGCUUCGACAACUUGGGACUCACCAGAGAUGCCGAGGGGGACGUCAUCUUCCACAGGAGUGUCGUAUUCGGCGCGAUGUCCGGCGCCGUCGGCUCUUUCAUCGGAAGUCCCUUUUAUCUGGUUAAGACGCAUUUGCAGUGUCGCUCAGAGGCCAGUAUAGCUGUCGGUCAUCAACAUCCGCACUCAACAAUGACAGGCGCCCUUACAUCCAUCUACAAGUCGUACGGCGUGAUUGGCCUUUGGAGGGGAUGUGCGGCCUCCAUGACUCGCGUCACUAUUGGCGGAUCCAUACAGUUGUCGACCUUCUCGACCGUCAAAACCAUUAUCUCGAAGUCAAAGGUGAUUCCGGCCGACAGUUUCCUGAACUCAUUGGCGGCGGCGAUGUUGGGCGGACUGGCCGUCACUCUACUCAUGACACCCUUCGAUGUCAUAUCGACCCGACUCUACAACCAACCGGUCGAUGAAAAGACGGGUAAAGGACUGAAAUAUUCGGGAAUUUUGAACUGUAUGUACAAAAUCGGCUCAACCGAAGGCUUUCUCGGCUUUUAUAAGGGAUGGUCGGCAUCGCUACUACGGUUGGGCCCCCACACAGUCCUCAGCCUUUUGUUUUGGACUGAGAUUAGGAAAAAAUAUUUAGCACUAAAACACAAAUUAGACCCAAAUUGUGAUCAGUUGGAGGCCGUGAGUCGCGCCACCACUUCGUAAUAGGGCUCACGGAUUGUUAGGUUAUAUAAAUUAAUGCAUCUUGGUUAUUUUAGGAAAUAUGUUUAUUAUUUAGUUUAUAUAGUUAAAGGUUUUUGAAAUUUUAUUUUUAUAAUUAUUUAUACACUCUUGAAAUAAUUUA